GUUAAAAGGGAGGAAGGGUAUCUGUACUGUCUGACUUGAGAUACGGGCAGGCACAGGUAGGCUCAGCAGAGCUACGUUGUAUGACCACACAUACUUCAUUUGCACAGGGGUGAUUAAAUAUGUUCCUACAGUUUCUGUGAGGCUUAUUCCUGUGGUCCUGAAUUCUUACAUUAAGUUGAGCAAGUCAGAGGAGCUCCUCUCCCAUGUAAUGGCAUAGAAUCUUGCGUGCUCUUUCCAUGUCAGUGUGCUCGUAGGUCUUCAAGGUGCUAAUUUUAAGUGAGCUUGUCUUUGCUCAGCCCCUUUCUCUGUGCUUCGGGGCUGGAGGUAACUGUAGGCAAUAACCAACUCAUUUGGAGUUUAACAGAGAGGUGUGUACUCACCAUGUGCACGGAGAAGGUGUUUUCUCUAUGGAGGUUGUGUAGUCCCCACAUUCAUGUAGCAAAAUAACUUCAGGUGACAAGUUCUUGAUUAUUCUGUUGCUUGAGAGUCAUUUCCAGUGCAAGACUGCGAGCAGAGAUGUAAUACUGUGCAGACUUUGGGUUAGCAGUGAUUUCUCUGACGGGGGUAAGUGGAAUAUUUUGUGAAACUGAAGACUUUGUGUAUGCCAUAACUUUUUAUUGGCAAGACAUAAACACAGGAAAGUCCACUCUGCUUCAGAACAAGUUAGGACCAUCUAGAAAUUGAUGACUGGCUGUGAGUUGCUGUCUGCUCAGCUUAGGUGGACAAGUUAUCUCUUGAUGUUGAGAAAAUAAUUUAUAAGUAAGGGGGAUUUGUGGCUUACUAGGGAAGGAUAGAACAUGGUAUUUUUCACAAAUCAUCAGCUGUUUUGGGUGGAAUAUGGUCCAUGUGCCAUAUGAGGUGACCCUCGUGCAAGUGGCCCCUGCCUUUCUGGUAGAAGGUGCACGUGGAGCAUGUCAGCUGAAAGUCUGAUGUGUGAUAAUUUGUGUAGUUUGGUUGAGGGCUGAGGUCUGCAAACCCUGCAGUGGAAAGAGCCAGGACAGUGUAGGUAGUCAGGGUGUCUACUGAUGGCAGAGCAGAGUUGUGUGGUGUUCAGAUGGCGUGUGAAUUUAUGUGCACAUGUGACACUAUGUCUUUAGCCCCAGCAGUUCUUUAGGUACCCCAUGUAUUUUCUGCCCUUGUUUAGGAAAAAGGGCAGAGGAACCUGCCAUCCAGGAGAUGGAUGCAAGUGUAUUUUAACAAGCACAGGUCUGUCCAUGCUUGUGACAUCAGUCACUGCUGCCUCCUUUGUGACAGUGAGCAUGUGGCCACCUGGCUGGACGAAACAUGAAAGUUUUCUCCUGAAAAUUAUUCCUGUCUUAUCUGGUGCCAGUUUUCAGCUGGAUCACAAGUGCUAGCAAUGGAAGGGAUAGAGCUGGGUUGGCUUGGGCUGGUGGCAGUCGCUUUCCUGGGUCCAGCACGGCAGUUGGUGUACAGGAGGUUAAGGCUGCGUUUUUGACAGACCUGUUUGAAUGCUGGUGGGUCCAAUCCUAGUUGUGUUACAAGCACGUGCUUUAUGCAUUCCUGGGAAAGGAUGAGGAGGGCAGCGUUUGCUAAGAGGUAGAGGCAGAUUUAAAGGUGUAUUUAAUAGCCCAUGGUAGGGAGCCAUGUCUAGAAAUUGGGGCUGGUUCAAGGGAUUGAAGAGUGUCCUGUGUCCCUCCAUCCUCCAAUGCCAUGGGGAGAUGUGUGGGGUGUAGAAUACUCAUGUCAAUUUAUCUGUUUGCUUUUACAUGAUCUUAAGGAAGUCUGACAGCUCAAUAAAAGUGUUAAAUAACCCUUCCUGAGUCCUCUUGUUUCCCACUUGCUCUCCUUAUCAAUGAGGUGUGUAAUCAAGUACUUCAUUAAACAGCAGCUUAUUAAAAAGUAAUGUGCAGUACAGCUGCAAGUGUGUAAAAUAAGCAAAUGCUUAACAAAACUGGUAAGUGCAGCACGUGAUGAAAAUCAGUGGUAGCUCUUGAGUGUAGGGGAUUCACCUUUUGCCAGUGCAGCUGUUCUCCCUGUUAUGUGGUUGAAUGAGGGUCGGAGAAAUAGGAUGUGCCCUUCCCAGUAAAAUUGUGCUGAAGGAGCGUGUUGGCUGAUUCAUUGCCUUACCCCACCUCUCAGGUCACACAGGGAAUCCACUGGUGGAUGCUCAUGCAGAGGUUUGCUUCCUGGUGGCUGUCAGGAUGAGUGGUGGCUCAAAUACCUCCUGCUGCUGCUGGUUUUGGUCCCUCCUAAAGCUACUGCUCUUCCCAGAGCAGUCUCCUACUCUGCUCUCUCUCCUUCCUUGCCCACUCCACUGCCACAGAUACAAUUCAGGGUGCAGGCUCAGCUUCCAUUCAAAGUUAUCUUUUGUUUUCUGUAGCAGCAGGUCUCUAGCCUUUUUUCUUCUUCCAUGCUGAUUUUUGGCUCUCACCAGCCUCAGUCCAGCACAGACUGACAGUCUCAGAAAGGCCACGGGGAAAAUAGCAGCGUGCUCUUUCUUGUAUACAGAGAAAGGUUUCUUGCCUUUAAUGCUUCAUGUCACAGUAAGGCCACAAGUCUGAUACUUUUAUCUACUUGGUAUGCCUUUAUUUCAUCUCUCCACAUUCUCCUUCUCAAAGAGGGGGAGAAAAGACUGAAGUGAAUCAGUGAUGUCUGCAGCUGUUCCUGCUGGAGCAGCCAUAAUGCUGUACACCUCCAGGUACUUGACCACUUAUCACUACCAAGCUUCUGCAGUUUAAAGGCCUAAAGUAGGAAUGAGCUAGUUUAGAUGUUUUUUUUUCACCUUCUGUUUGCAGUGCAGUAGUAUGGUGGCUGGUUUGUAGAAGUACAGGGGUGGUUCACAAAUACUUAACCAAAAGGUAAACCAAGAUGUGCAUUUGCAUCUUGUUGGUUACUCCGUGGUAGCUGCUUGUGUACGUCCUCUCAGCCUCGUGCUCUCAAAAUCACUGUGGAGAGCAAGCUGUCUUGUGCUGGCUGGGGACUAAGACCAUGCAGGUGAGCAGCAGAGAUGGGACACUGGGGGAUGGAAUUACAUUGCCCGACUGGGUAGCCUAAAAGAUGGAUGGUGCCCCUAUAGCAGGCCUGAGCUGUGGUCUGUAAUGCAGUUUUUUGCCAAGUUGGGAUUGAGUGUUUCAAGCAGUAGAGCUUUGGCCGUUGUUUGUGGUAGAUUCUGCCCAUCCUGCUGUGUGCUGGUGUUCACACGUUUUCCUCUUCAAGGGAAAAAGUGAUUUCUGUCGCCGCUUUGGUAGAGGUGUGUCAGUAUUGGCACUGGCAUGGCUUAGCCUGUAUUGUUUCAUUGGGUGGGGUGGGGGAAAGGGGAGAGGAGAUAUUACUGGGUAAUUGGAUUCAGGGAUGAUUGUGCUGCUGUGGUAGGUUUUACUGGAUGAAGCAGCUUGUUGCGAUAGGUGUUUGUUUCAGCUUCUGUCUGCAGGUGUGACUUGGCCAGAUAAGGAUGGUCUAUCACGCUGAUGAUUUCAUUGUUUGAUUUGGCUGGACUGGGUGGAGAAUGUAGCUGCAUUGUUUGGGCCUAGCUUUGUAGUUUGGUUUUGUGAAGUGGAUUACAUGGCAGUGCUUGCUACAUUAUUAAGGUGAAGCUGCAGUAGAUAAUAGUUGGAGAAUGUUGGAGGGAAGAGAAUAUGCACAGGGUUUCACAAUGCAUAACUAAUUGAGCCUCCAGCUCCUGCGUUUCUGUUGGGAGAUCUGGUCAGCAGAAUGCAUUGGGAUUACACAGAAAACCUCGGGUGGUGAUUUCAGUUUGCAGUCAUACUUUACUGCAGGGCUGUCCGUGCUGUGUAAAUAGCUGAGAGUGCUCUGAGAGACUGUGCUGGCCCUGACAGUGUGUGUGUUGUCUGGAUUCAUACUGUUCUUGCAGCCUCUACAGUUUUCACAGUGGGUGAGGGAGAAGCUGGCUCCUUUUUUACUGACUUCAGUUUUGCUGUUAAGCUGUUCCUCAAAGUCUGUGUUCCCUUGCAUUACCAAACUUUCAGACACUUAAACUUGCUUUAACAUGUGAGUGAGCAUUAAUUGAUGCAGGGCUGUCUGUAUUACUGAAAAUGUGGCUGAUGGGUUCUUGGGCCAUGGACUCUUUUGACCUUAUAGGAAAUAACCAUAGUACAGGGUGGGGUUGGCCCCUCUAUCUCGAGCAGACUUGCAGUAUGCCUUACUUGGGAAGGGUUGCCGUUGGAUUCCCUUCUCCCUGUAGUGUGUACAAUGACGUAAAGUGGGAGCUGUCAGAACAGUGGGUAGUGCCUCCUCCUCCUAAAACCUGCCUGGUUUUCCCCUAGAUGUGACUGCCUGGCUCUACCUGGUGCUUGAUGUUUUUAUUUAAACAUGUCGGGCUGUGGGGGAGGUUGUAUAUGCGAAGCACAGGGGUUUGGCAGGAGUUGCUGAGCACAUAGUGAGGGGAAGGUGAGCCUUUGAAGAGAGAUGGGUGCAGAGAAGGGAAGGUGACAUGUCCAGGCUUUGUGUCAGCUUCUCUAAGCACAGAUGAGCUCAUGGGAAUUGAGCUGGCUGAAAUGUGGGAGUGCUAAAGCAGGUCUGACCUAUUUCUCCUCCAUGGGCAGCUCUUCAGAUUCUUCCAGUCUGAUGGUGGCUUUUUGGGUGCUGACAAAUCUUGCCAGUCUGAGCAGAGGCUUCCCCUUGUCGGUGGUUCAGAGCAAGCUUUGAUUCCUCUGCUUCUGUGUCUGGGUGCAUGGAAGGGGUGCACAGCUUGGCCUUGGCUGUGUUCUUGUUGGUGAAACUUUUCCUCUCUUGUUUUCCAGGUGAUCGUUUCUUGUGAGACAAGUGGUUUGCAACUCAUGGCCUCCACGAUGAGUACUGCCGUGUCGUGACACCAGGGGUCUUGGGUGCCCUGGAGAUGCGAGACUUCCCCUGGGCGGCAGGAGGCACGCGUCUAGAGAAUGCUGGAGCUGCAGGAGGGAAGUGCCCAGUGCAAAACCAGCGAGGAGCCAAGAGAAAAAAGGCAAGCAGACAGCCAGCACUGAGAGGAGCGGGUGGCAGGAAGCGCUUCGACGCUGCCUCUGGCGGCACGAUCCCCAGGGGAACUUGACGAGAGCCCAUCUGCGUGUGUGUGAGACUGUGAGCUCAGGAUUUCUGUCAAUGCAUUCCAGUAACCCCAAAGUGAGGAACUCCCCGUCAGGCAACACACAGAGCCCCAAAUCAAAGCAGGAGGUGAUGGUCCGCCCCCCUACAGUGAUGUCCCCGUCUGGCAACCCUCAGCUGGAUUCCAAAUUUUCCAACCAAGGCAAACAAGGGGGCUCCACCAGCCAAUCCCAGCCCUCUCCCUGUGACCCCAAAAGUGGAGGUCACACCCCCAAAGUGCUCCCUGGCCCAGGUGGGAGCAUGGGGCUGAAGAAUGGGGCUGGAAAUGGUGCCAAGGGGAAGGGGAAGAGAGAGAGGAGCAUUUCAGCAGACUCCUUUGAACAGAGGGAAGCUGGGACUCCUAAUGAUGACCCUGAAAUCAAAGACUGCAAUUCUGCUGAUCACGUGAAGUCCCAGGAGUCUCAGCACACACCACACUCCAUGACUCCUUCAAAUGCUUCAGCCCCAAGGUCUUCCACACCUUCCCAUGGUCUGACUGCCACUUUGGAGCCAGCAAGUGGGCAGAAGACUCCAUCCAAAGUGGUUUACGUCUUUUCUACUGAGAUGGCCAACAAGGCUGCAGAAGCUGUGCUGAAGGGACAGGUGGAAACCAUUGUGUCCUUUCAUAUCCAGAACAUCUCAAACAGCAAGGCGGAACGAAACACUGUACCCUUGAACCCCCAGAUCACUGCACUUCGGACUGAACCCAAGCCCCUGCCGCAGCCCCAGCCCCCCGCUGCCCAGGACCAGAACCCUCCCCAGAACGCCAAAAUGCAGCCGACCCCACCCGUGUCAGCGCCGGUGUCCAAAUCCACUGGCCCCCCAUGUCCCAUAGAUCAAGACAGUCCCAGCGUGGAAAGCAAAGUGAUGUCCGUGGGCAGCCCUGCCAACUCUACCCCAUUGCAGACGGAAGGAUUUGGGCAGAGUUCGACCCCCAAUAACCGAGCGGUUAGCCCGGUUUCCCAAGGUAGCAAUAGCUCAGCUGCAGACCCCAAAGGUCCUCCCCAGCAGGUGUCUGGUGGGGACCCAUCCAGUUUGGGCGAGAAUCCAGAUGGACUGUCACAGGAGCAGCUGGAGCACCGAGAGCGCUCACUGCAGACCCUGCGAGACAUACAACGCAUGCUCUUCCCUGAUGAGAAGGAGUUUGCUGGAGGGCAAAGUGGGGGGCCUCCCCCAAAUGCUGGGGUGCUGGAUGGUCCCCAAAAGAAACCUGAAGGGCCGAUACAGGCUAUGAUGGCUCAAUCCCAAAGUUUAGGCAAAGGGUCAGGGUCUCGGACAGAUGGAGGGGCUCCAUUUGGCCCUCAAGGACACAGGGACAUGCCUUUUUCUCCAGAUGAAAUGGGGCCACCACCAAUGAACUCCCAGUCAGGACCCAUAGGCCCAGACCACCUGGACCAUAUGACUCCUGAGCAGGUGGCCUGGCUCAAGCUGCAGCAGGAGUUCUACGAGGAGAAGAGGAGAAAGCAAGAGCAGGUGGUUGUGCAGCAGUGUUCCCUGCAGGACAUGAUGGUCCACCAGCACGGGCCUCGUGGGGUGGUCCGAGGUCCUCCUCCUCCCUACCAGAUGACCCCUGGUGAGGGCUGGGGACCUGGGGGCCCAGAGCCCUUCCCUGAAGGCAUGAACAUGUCACACUCUCUGCCCCCCAGGGGCAUGGCCCCUCAUCCCAACGUACCCGGGAGCCAAAUGCGCCUACCUGGUUUUGCAGGAAUGAUGAACCCUGAGAUGGAGGGCCCCAGUGUCCCGAAUCCCGCCUCACGGCCUGGGCUUUCAGGAGUUAGUUGGCCAGAUGAUGUGCCAAAAAUCCCAGACGGCCGAAACUUCCCUCCUGGCCAGGGUGUCUUCAGUGGCCCUGGCCGAGGGGAGCGGUUUCCCAAUCCACAGGGCCUGCCCGAAGAGCUCUACCAGCAGCAGCUGGCUGAGAAACAGAUGGGCCUUCCUCCUGGUCUGAACAUGGAAGGCAUCAGGCCCGGCAUGGAGAUAAACAGAAUGAUGCCCUCCCAGAGACACAUGGAGCCUGGCAACAACCCCAUCUUCCCUCGCAUGCCGGUAGAAGGACCGAUGAGCCCUUCCAGGGGGGACUUCCCAAAAGGAAUACCCCCACAAAUGGCUUCUAGCAGGGAGCUGGAGUUUGGGAUGGGCCCUGGCAGCAUGAAGGGGGACAUGGGCAUGAAUGUCAGCAUGGGCUCCAAUCCACCCCUGGUCCCUCAGAAGCUGAGGGAGGCAGGAGUCGGGCCGGAAGAGAUGAUGAAGCUGCGCCCUGGCGUCUCGGAGAUGCUCUCCUCUCAGCAGAAAAUGGUGCCGCUGCCGUUCGGGGAGCACCCGCAGCAGGAGUAUGGCAUGGGUCCCAGGCCUUUCCUCCCCAUGUCUCAGGGCCCAGGAGUCGGUCUCCGGAAUCUCAGAGAACAGAUCGGGCCUGACCAAAGGACUAACAACCGGCUCAGCCACAUGCCGCCACUACCUCUCAAUCCCACCAGUAACCCCAAUAGCCUCAACACUGCUCCCCCCGCGCAGCGCAGCCUCGGCCGCAAGCCCUUGGAUAUCUCUGCAGCUGGUCAGGUGCAUUCGCCAGGAAUCAACCCCCUGAAGUCCCCCACGAUGCGCCAGGUCCAGUCUCCCAUGAUGGGGUCUCCCUCGGGGAACCUCAAGUCCCCCCAGACGCCCUCCCAGCUGGCAGGAAUGCUCGCGGGCCCCACUGCCGCAGCCGCUGCUGCCUCCAUUAAGUCCCCCCCUGUCUUGGGGUCUGCUGCUGCUUCUCCUGUCCACCUCAAGUCUCCGUCUCUCCCCGCACCUUCUCCUGGAUGGACUUCAUCUCCAAAGCCUCCUUUGCAGAGCCCCGGGAUUCCCCCGAACCACAAGGCGUCUCUGACCAUGUCUUCUCCAGCCAUGCUGGGGAACGUGGAGUCGGGUGGUCCACCUCCUUCCACAGUCAGCCAAUCUGCUCCUGUGACUCUCCCUGGAAAUCUUCCCUCUAGCAGUCCUUACACAAUGCCUCCAGAGCCAACCCUCUCCCAGAAUCCCCUCUCCAUUAUGAUGUCCAGGAUGUCCAAAUUUGCCAUGCCGAGCUCUACACCGCUCUAUCAUGAUGCCAUCAAAACUGUGGCCAGCUCGGAUGAUGACUCCCCUCCAGCCCGCUCCCCAAACUUGCCACCUAUGAACAGUGUACCAGGAAUGGGCAUUAAUUCUCAGAAUCCUCGAAUUUCAGGUCCAAACCCAGUGGGUCCAAUGCCAACCCUUAGCCCAAUGGGAAUGACCCAGCCUCUUUCCCAUAACAACCAGAUGCCCUCUCCAAAUGCUAUGGGACCCAAUAUACCUCCUCAUGGGGUCCCCGUGGGACCCGGCCUGAUGUCACACAACCCAAUGAUGGGGCACGGUUCCCAGGAGUCUCCAAUGGUACCUCAAGGACGCCUGGGCUUCCCACAGGGGUUCCCCCCCGUACAGUCCCCUCCACAGCAGGUGCCAUUUCCACACAACGGGCCCAGCGGUGGACAAGGCAACUUCCCAGCGGGAAUGGGCUUCCACGGAGAAGGACCUCUGGGGCGUCCUACCAACCUGCCCCAAAGUUCGACAGAUCCAGCACUUUGCAAGACUGGAGGCCCUGGUGGUCCAGACUCCUUCACUGUUCUUGGAAACAAUAUGCCUUCGGUUUUCACUGAUCCAGAGCUGCAGGAGGUGAUCCGCCCUGGAGCCACGGGAAUACCCGAGUUUGACCUGUCCAGGAUUAUCCCGUCGGAGAAGCCCAGCCAGACACUACAGUAUUUCCCUCGUGGGGAGGUGCCAGGCCGCAAGCAGCCGCAGGGUCCCGGGCCUGGCUUCUCCCACAUGCAGGGGAUGAUAGGAGAGCAGACCCCGAGGAUGGGACUAACGUUGCCUGGCAUGGGGGGCCCUGGGCCGGUGGGAACUCCGGACAUCCCCCUCGGGACGGCUCCGUCCAUGCCGGGCCACAACCCGAUGAGGCCGCCGGCCUUCCUGCAGCAGGGCAUGAUGGGGCCGCACCACCGCAUGAUGUCACCAGCACAGCCGGCCAUGCCCGGCCAGCCCGCCCUCAUGAGCAACCCCGUGGCCGCCGUGGGCAUGAUCCCGGGCAAGGACCGAGCCCCCGCGGGGCUGUACAGCCACCCGGGCCCCGUGGGGUCGCCCGGGAUGAUGAUGUCAAUGCAGGGCAUGAUGGGACCCCAACAAAACAUCAUGAUUCCCCCCCAGAUGAGGCCCCGAGGUAUGGCUGCUGACGUUGGCAUGGGAGGAUUUAGCCAAGGCCCUGGAAACCCAGGGAACAUGAUGUUUUAAGCUGCUACCAUAAGACUGGAUGUUCUGAUCCUUGUCAAGAUGAGAUUCCAAGUCCUGAGGGCUUUUUUGGGAGCUUCAGGAGUACAGUUUGGCCAUGCAAUAGGUGAAAAGAGACCAGAGGACGCUUUGGGAAAUCUCGAAUGUAUGGAAU